AUGGCUAGUGUAGCUUCAGUCUUCCAUAACGUUCCUACAGAACGCGAAACAAGGACAGUUACGGAGAUAUUGGGUUCUCAUUCUGCUGCCAACAGUAUGGCUUCUCCAGACUUCCCAAAAGACGAAACAUUAAAAUAUGCUAGGACAGAAUAUGUAUUGUCGACCAAGAGAAGGGUUUGGGUCUACUGGUAUGACGCGGAGGUCAGAGCGUCCGGUAGAGCCCCUAGUUGA